GGUAACAAUUGAGAUUUAAUCGAAGUAAUACUGUUUUGAAGGAUAAACAGAAUAGUCACUCUCUGUGGAAGGUUCAAAAAAUUGAACAAGUUAGACACAACAUACUUGUGUAGUUACUAUUCCACAAUGGAAAAACAAGCCGCCAUUUUGUUUGCACUGUUACUUUUUCUCUUCGUUAAUGACGUCAGCAGCAAGUUAACUCAAUCCAAAUGUUUCCCGCUCGAAGUUCCAGCUGAAAAAAUUCGAAUUGCGGGAUGCUUUGAACGCACCGUGAAAAUGAACAAAUGUAUCGGUGCAUGCCAUUCUAUCGAUCUCUUACCUGAAAGUAGGAGCAGUCGAUCUACAAUGUGCAACUGCUGCCAACCGGCUGAGUUUGAAGACCUGGUUAUUGAUAUCGGUUGUGCAACAGAAGAGGGAGUUACAAAAGUUAGUAAAGUGACUAUUAAGAAUCCUAUACGGUGUAGCUGUACGCCGUGUAGAAAAUCGAGUUCUCCAUAAGCAAUUUGGUGGAGAUAUUCUCUAAUAUCUUAUCGCAUGUGUUUUAUAGACGACUUGAACCAUCAUCCAUCCGCCCGUUUUUAAAAACAACGCCCAUGGAUAUAUACAACUAUUUUAAAGACAGACGAAGAUUCCUUUUAAAGAUUUAAUAAUGUCAGGAGAUGUGAAAUGUUUAUAUUCAAUGAAUAUGUUUGCAAUUAAAGUAAAAAGAAAAAAUAGAAUGUUAAAAUUUCUGUAGAACAGUAUUAAAUGGAAAAAAACGAAAUUUACAAUAAUAUUUGUAACGAAAACAGACAAAUGUUUGAAAAACUUUUGAAAACAAUGUUUUUUUCCUUCCCAACACGCCUCUUUGUAUACGGACAUUGUCCAGAGGGACACAAGAAGAGAAAGGGCAAAUGAGGCAUUGAUAGCGCGUAGGUAAAUAUUGCGGCCUUUCUUUGUAACGAAAGUUAAUUAGCUGAAAGUGAACAUCCUUUUAAUUAGAGCACUUCGACAUAUGACAUAUUCUGACAUGUAACAUUCCAGUCUAAAAUGAUCUAAAUUAAUAAAAGGUCAAAAUAAAUUAAUUUGACUUUUU